GAGGUUUAUGCUUCGAGGCCAAGCUCUUCACUUCAAUCCGUGCAGGGGCCUGAUCCAGUCAUGCAGGAGCUGGCUUGAGGAAGUGGAAUUGUACUAGAGUAACUCCAGGAGGCUCUAGCAGCCAUAGUGAGAGACAGUCCCUGCCCCAAAGAGCUCUCAGCUAGUGAGAAUAUAUUUUUAUAUAUAUAUUUCAAAGCGCGUCUUAGCCUCUGAGCCAAGCCAUAAUGGGAAGCUGCAAAUGCCUGAGGAAUGGGUGAUAACCUCAUAGAGAGGGGUGGGGAGAGAAGAUUAGGUUAAAUAAGGCGUUUGUGAGGAAAUGGUAGGGAAGAAUGGAGUGGAGAAUAAUACUAAAGAUAUUACUAAGACCACUUUGUACAUCUAUUUUAGGUACGAAUAGGCCCCUCUUACCAUAGUGUCUGCGCAUCUCACUCUCUUUUAAUGAAGUUAUCGUUACAUCCCAGGAGGCAGGGCAGUGCUAUUGUCCCCAUGUUACAGUGGAAGAAACUGAGGCAGAACGAGCUUUAUGCAACUUUCCCAAGGUGAGUCUGCAGUGGAGCAGCAAAUUGAAUGUAGGUCUGAGACCCCAGCUGCUGCCUGAACCACUGGACCAUCCUUCCCAAAGCAGAGAGCUGCCCACUUCUGAAAUUCUGUGUUUAGUUUUGAUCAUUUCAUACAUUAAGCCUUAAGAUGCCUUUCUAAAGGAUAUGCUAUAGUUCAGAUAGAAGGGAGGUGCCUGAUUCAGGAAUCUCUGGCUGAGAUUUUCUGGCCUGUUACAGACUUGAGGAUCUAGUGGUCCCUUCUGACCUCAAACUGUAUGAAUCCAACUGGCUUUAGAGAUGGGGGACAAGAAUGGAGGGGGAAAUCUCUUCUUAAGAGAGAUUGAACAACCGCAGUCUUUUCAAUCUUCAGAGAGGAGACAGUCUGGAACCUGAUGAAAGACGACGCACUGGAGAAGGUAGGUGGGAUACAAGAUUCGUGAUACAAGAACAAGGGUUGUAGAGAAACUGAAAAUUGGCAAAAGGAAAUACUUCUUCGUACACUCAUCGCACACUUAGUCUGGGAAACUUGUUGCCACAAAAUGUCACUGAGGGCGAGAGCUGAGUAGAUUCUAAAAAGGGAUCCGAUGCUUAUAGGGGUAUUGGGAAUAACUAGAAUUAAACAAUGAAGAAUAACAAAGAGCUUGUGAAUGGUUCUAAGCCUGCCUGUUUCAGAGCCUCAGCUGACCCUUAGCUAAGGGGGUCAGAAGGUCACCAAUUAUCCCAGUGCUACCUCCUCUGGGGAUUCAUGCACCUUCUGAAGCAGCUGGCAGAGAGGGGAUACUGGGCUAGAUAGGCCCACAGGUCUGCUUCAUUGUGGCAAUACCCAUGGGAAUGAGAUGCAGAGUAAAGGGGUCAGAUUAUGUGGGAGGGCUGCCUCACACAGAGGAAGGUUGUGGAGCUCAGAUUUUGUGCUGGCACUUGAAGGUAGAGGCAUGGGCUGUGCACCAUUCACAAGUGGGAGCUGAGUGUUUAAUCCCCUAGACGCAUAGGAUGGCUGGGGAAGUAAUUUCAGGAGGGCACUAUGCCCCUCCCCCCCAUGAUUUUCCUAUCCUGGGUCAGAGAUGCCUCUCAUGUCCCUCCUCCGUGUUCAGAUCUUGCUUCCUCCCACUCCAUUAAAUGUGUGAAGAUCCUGCUAGCUACAACAGUCACCACAAUCUGGGUUAGGGAUGGAGACGGGCUCCCUGUGGGCAGUGCACUGGAGAUGACACACAGCUCUUUAUAGGAGAGCAGGAAUUUCUCACCUUACACCUUAGCUCCUCAGCUUUCCUGCUGCAGAGCUCAUCAGGUAGCUAGAAGAGUAACAGCCUGCUGUCAUGUGUAGCGUAUUAGCCAGUGCUGAUUGCACCCACCCUCCUUCCAGACACACCCUACAGUAAUGUGCAGAUUGAGGUAUGAGUUGUACCAGCCCAGGGUCAACCUUGGUUUAGGUUGAAUUGUGUCUAAGUUCAACAAAGGGCAGCAUCAUACCACAGACAUGGUGGACUUUUCCCCUAGUGCUGUCACACAAUGCCCUUGGGGCCACUAUACUACCCUCUGGUGCCAAGAGGUCAUCCCAGCCAGAAGCUACCAACCAGUCUGUAUUGCUCCAUGCAGGAUUGUGGGAAUUGAGUGCAUUUAGCUCAGACGCUGGUGCAAAAUCAUCCAUAAUGCGCUGCGGUUUGGAGCAGUGCUGGGAACUCGGGUUGUACCCAGCAGGGCUGGAUUAAGGCAGUAUAGGCCCAUGCCCAGGUUCUGGCACCAGCGUCUGGAUUCAUGACUAUACCAAAGUCUCAACUUCCAUUUAUAGAGUCCUGUCCAGAUAGAAAAUUUGUAUCCAAUCUGCAAAAAUGGUCUGCAGAUAUCUGUGGAUUUGCAGGGCUCUAUCCAUUUCAAAUAAAAAGCUUCCAGCCCUUGUGGUUGGGGAGAAAAGUUUGAACAUGUAAUCUGAUGCAGUGAUGCCUCCUUCAGUCUGCAGUGAGCCUCAUCCAAUCGCUCCAAGAGGGGGAAAGCCCAGGUGUAACCAAUGCAGUGGGGCUUGCCUGAGGCUAUGUCUACACUAGCGCUUUUGUCGCUAUAACUUAUGUCACUUGGGUGUGGAAAAAAAAAUCCCUUUGACUGACAGAAGUGCCGCUGUGGACAGUGCUAGGUCAGCGCUGACAUAGCUACCGCGGCUCCGUGGGGGUUGUUUAAUUAUGUCGAGAGGAGAGCUCUGUCGGCAUAGAACAGCUACACUGGAGAUCUUACAGCAGCAUCGAUACAGCUAUGCUGCUGUAAGAUUACUAGUUUAGACAUGGCCAGAGUCUGUAGAGAUCCUGAGGCAAUUACCUGAGAGAGGGAAUUGCUUUGGGUCUAAUCAGUCCAAUGACACUGGCUGCAACUGUAGAAAACCUGAGCCGAUCGCUUGGAGCAGUGUAGCUGAUGCAGUGACUCUGGUUGAGACUACAGGGAGACUGAGCUAAUUGCUCCGAGCAGGGGGGAACUCCUCUGUGCAUCUCAGGGUGGGUGUUAAUUACCAGCCCUGCCCCAGACGUGGUCUCUGUGGGGCAGAGUGCAGUGGGGUCAGCUCUUCCUUUCAUGCAGACAUGCCGGCUGCUGGGCCAAGUGCUGGGGGAUCUCUGCCACCAACAAGCCAAGUGGGGAUCGGGCCAUGAUGCGGUGGCAGGGCUUUAGGCACAGCCAUAGGGAACUGACCUUGCAGGGGGGAGCCCUGCUCCCCACAUCGAAACCACCUUCCCCAAAGCCCCCCUAUAAAAACCACCUCUCCCAGAGCUGUGCCCCAAUAGAAAGUACUACCCCCAAAACACAAAAACCACCUUCUCUGGAGCUGUGCCCCAAGCCCCUCCCACCAUAGACACCACCCUCGGUGCCUCCCUCACCACUAGAAACUGCCAUCCCUGCAGCAGGCACCACCCCCACCCCCAAUAGAAAUCACCUCUCCCCCACCCCAUAGCAACUGCUUCCUGGAAAGGACUCGACCCAUAGCAACCACCUUUCUUGGAGCCAAGCAACCUUCACCUCUGGAGUUCCCGCCCCAUAGGAACUACCUUCCCCAGAGUGCUUUGCGACUUGCGAGAGCCUGGAUAUUUCCCAGGGUGCCCUGCAGGGGAAGCCACACAAAGGGGCCAGGCUGCGCUCUCCUUUCUUAGCCAGCUGCUGUUGCUGCAGGAUCCCCCAGCCUCUACCUGCAUCCUCCUCCCGUGCCCUGUGGAGAGCCAGGGCUAACGGCCCCUGACCCAGACGCAGAUGGAACCAGGGAAGGAAUCCAGUGUUCCGGAUCCACAGGGCUCGGAGGAAGUGGAGGUUGGAGCAGACGACAGUGCCGCCUGUCUCUCAGAGGAGGAGGAUUCCGACCAGGAAGGCCCUGAGAUGGUGCCAUCCCACAAGAUGUGGCCAGGGGUCUCCAAGGGCGACGUCUCGCCCGGCUCCCCAUGGGACAUGGCUGGCCAGAGCCCGGGCAUUGGGGCACAGGCGCCGGAUGACUCUGGUGACCUGGAGCAGGGGCUGGAGGAGUUUGGUGACAUCAUUGUGCACCGGGUGACACAGAUGGGUGUGAAGCCGUGCCGCUACAUCGAGGGGGGGCGCAGCUACGAGCUGAGCCCUGGUCUGGCCCGCCGGCUGCUGCGGCUCGACGAGAAGCCGUACGAGUGCACCGAGUGUGGCAAGAGCUUCAACCAGAGCUCCAACCUGCACCGGCACCAGCGCACACACACUGGCGAGCGCCCCUACUGCUGCCCGGCCUGCGGCAAGGCCUUCAGCCGCCGCUCCAAUCUGGCGCAGCACCAGCGCAUCCACUCCGGCGAACGCCCCUUCCACUGUGGCGACUGCGGCAAGAGCUUCAGUGAGAGCUCCUACCUGAUCCGGCACCAGCGCACCCACACCGGCGAGCGCCCCUAUAAGUGCCCAGCCUGCGGCAAGGCCUUCUCCCGCAGCUCCCACCUGGCACGACACCAGCGCACCCACACGGGUGAGCGCCCCUACCCAUGCACCGACUGUGGCAAACGCUUCGGGCUCAGCUCCGACCUGGCCACGCACCGCCGCACCCACACAGGCGAGAAGCCUUUCCGCUGCACCGACUGUGGCAAGGCCUUCUCCCGCAGCUCCCACCUGGUGCAGCACCAGCGCACCCACACCGGGGAGCGCCCCUACCGCUGCGCCCAGUGCGGCAAGAGCUUCUGCCAUGGCUCCAACCUGCUGCAGCACCAACGCACGCACCGUGGCGAGCGCCCCUACCGGUGCCAGCAGUGCGGCAAGGCCUUCAGCCUGAGCUCCAACCUGAUCCGCCACCAGCGCAUCCAUACGGGCGAGCGCCCCUACCGCUGCACCGACUGCGGGCGCAGCUUCGUGCUGAGCUCUGACCUCCUGCAGCACCACCGCGUACACACGGGCGAGCGUCCCUACCAGUGCCCCGACUGUGGCAAGGCCUUCUCCCGUGCCGCCCACCUGGCCCAGCACCGCCGCACCCACACGGGCGAGCGCCCCUACCACUGCCAGCACUGCGGCAAGAGCUUCAGCCAUGGCUCCAAUUUCAUCAAACACCAGAGCACCCACCUGCAUGGCUGGCAGCCCUGCUGGCCCCUUAAGGAGGGCGGGGAGGGCCCCCAGGAUGAUGGGGCUGGCAAGGAGGUGGAGGAGGGGCAGGCACAGCCUUAAAGCAUGGCAGUGCUUGGAGUGCAGGACCUGCUACACACAGGAGAAUCCAUCAUUGCCAGCCUCCUAGCCAGAUCACUUGGAUGGAGUGAGAACUUAUUAAACAUCACAGAACCCUGCCCCGUAUGGAACUGGGAACCCACCUCUGGCCUAGUAGCCAGGUGCCCUGGACAGAGCUGGGAACGCACCCCCGGCCUCAUAGCCAGGUGUCCAGGAUGGAGUUGGGAAUCCAGCCUUGUAGCCAAGUGCCCCGGACAGAGACGGGAACCCAUCCCCAGCCUUGUAGCCAGGUGCCCCGGACAGAGCUGGGAACCUAUUUAAUGUUGCUACUGUUGCUUUACAGGCCACAUCACUUAGCACCCACAAUGUAUCACACAUCAGACUAUGCUGCAAUAGGGUUCAUAGCCACCUGGCCCAACUCUCCCAGCCUAUUAAGCAUCCAGCAACUCAACACCGGCCCCCGCACAGCCUUUUGGGCUUGUUUAAAUUGCCCUGGUUUGAUCUAAAUUUGGUUUAGAAGCCAGUUUUUAGGCCCAGUGUAAACAUGGUGCCAGUGACCUGCAGGUGAGAGCAGCCAAGCCCUGGUGUGAUCCUAGCCAUCUGCGAAUCCAGCUCUCAUCUGUGCCAAGGUGCUGAGUCCAGGAUGAGGGUCCCUGCUUUGCCGGGAGGAUACUCCAGAGAGUGGAGGACUCAAAUCUCACAAAGGCCAAGUGAGAUUCAGCAGGCAGGAGCCACCCUGGGUCAAUUCAGACUAGCAAUGAAGGGCAAAUGUUUGUCAGGAUGGGGGAUUCCCCAGCGGGGCAGCUCCCCCUGGGACGGUGGGAGGAAUGCUCCAUCCCUUGGGGGCGCUACAUCCAGGCCAAAUGUCUCUAAAGGCUGUGCUGUGGCUCCAGCCCAGAUCUGGGCUAGGGGCAGGAAUGGCUGCAGGUGAACCUCCAGCCCAUGUGAUACAGGGAGGCAGGCUGGGGGAUGGGUACAGUCCCUUCUCUCCUGUUAUCUGCAAUGGCAUUCCCACACGUGCCAGCUGUACAGAGGGAGGCUCUUGUGAACCAGGGUCUUAGAAGCUGGAUCUGGGCCCUUGUGUUUGCAGCAUCCCACAUAGAAUCAUAGAACUGGAAGAGACCUCAGAAGGUCAUCUAGUUUACUCCCCUGCACUCAUCUUCCUAGCGGUCGCAUUUCCUCCCCUUCUCCCAGGGUUGUGCUUGGUUCACGCUCAAACGAGACACUCGCAAGUAAAGCCCAAAGGCUUCCCAAGGAUGGGGAUGGUGCUCCCAGAAAACCCAGCCAGCCAGACGCCUCCAGAUGAGGUGCUACUAACAUCGCCUUCCCCUGGCAGCAUCUCCAGCGUGUGGCUACUCCAUAGAAGGUUGCUAGCUUAGAAGCACACUGAUAGCUGGGCUGGAUGCAGGAGUCAGGGGUGAGGUUCUGUGCUAUGCGACAGGUCGGACAGGUGAUCACCGUAGUGUCUUCUGGCUUUAGGCUGUACACCCUUGUUCUAUUCUGUCCUUUAACCCAGUCUGUGCUGCUUCCAACCGUCCUGGUUCCCCUCUUGCCCAGUUCUCUGGUAUCUCUUGCCAGCACUCUAGCUUCCUCUGGUGAUGAAGAAACCCCCCAUUUCUGCAUUGUAACACUUCUAGGGAGUGAUCCUUAGCUCAUCAAGGGCUACAUUAUCUCUGAACGAUCUCUCCGGAACCACUCCCCUUCUCAGUCUAGUCCUCAAGAUGCACCUUGCAAAGGUACAGAUGACAGUCAUUGGCUGUGCUCUUCCAGUCUGGCUUGGGGGAUGAUCAAAUCUGCCACCUGUUUGGAGGAGCUCUGCUCAGAGGCCAUUGCUGUUUCCUAAAGGCAUCUUGCAAGGUGAACUUGGGGUUGAACUUUAGCAGGAUGAGCAGCUUCUGGCCUGUCCCACAGUGGGAACACUGGGAAGUGUAGCAGACAGCUAGCCCAAACUCGUGUUGCAGCACUGCCACGGUGGGGAGUGCUGGUAAAACACGUCAGAACAUUUCAAUGCAACAGCUUUCCUUAGCUCUGAGCCAUCCCAUGGAGCAGGCAGACCCAGCACAAACUCCCCUGCCCUCCUAAAAUCUCACUCUGUCUGUAGGUUGAACGUAAAUCUCAAGCCAUGAUAUGUGUCAACCUCCAGCCUGACUCUCUUGAGCAGAAAGAACAGGAGUACUUGUGGCACCUUAGAGACUAACAAAUUUAUUAGAGCAUAAGCUUUCGUGGGCUACAGCCCACUUCUUCGGAUGCGUAUAGAGUGAAACAUAUAUUAAGGAGAUAUAU